AUGGCUUUUCUGAAACGAAAAAAAGUCAAGUUUAGUGUCGACUUGCAGGUGUGCAAUUUGAGCGACGUGCCAUUGGUUAAUGCUGUGUUGUUUGCGAAAAUUCGGCUUUUGGAAGGAGGCACGUUUGACGAUUGCACCGAGCGUGUUGAGGUAGUUCGUAACAGUUGUUCGUGGUCACAUCGGUCGAAUUUCUGUUGCCGAAUAACGUCGGAUCCAACUUCCGGCAUAUUGGAAAGAUGUUUAUGUCGGAUUUCUAUCAGAAAAGAGCAGAAAGGAGGCAAAUCGUUUCUGAAACUUGGAUUUGUCGACAUUAAUCUCUCCGAAUUUGCUGGGAGUGGUGUCGAAGGUAUGACGCGUUCAUACCUGUUGGACGGCUACGGGUUACAUCAGCGACAGGAUAAUUCAAAGGUUCAAAUUAAGAUCACAAUGACACAUCAAAGUGCAGAUCCAUUCUUUAGAGUGUGA